AUGACUGCAAUCGAGGAACAUGACAUGGAGGAGCUCCAGGGUGCAUCCUACCUGUUUCGCAAGCCACAGGAGAUCCAAGUCAAGGUCGAGAACGACAUCUUCUAUAUUCACAAGGCCUUGCUCAUCAAAGACUCAGAAUCUUUCAAGGAGUUACUGAGCACGCCGUUGAACAAAAGUGAAACACAAAUCAUUAAGAUCGAGGGAAUGAAAAGCAAGGAGUUCGGCGUUUACCUCGACUUUGUUUAUCGCGGUUAUACUGGUAUGGGCCUGCAUCGCCCACACCACGCAGCGAACUAUAAGUACACGGAGGACAUGUUACGCUUGUUGAAAUGCUCCGCUCGGUUCGAGAACAAGAAACUGCUAGCCAUCGCGACGACUCUAUAG